AUGCAAGUACCCUAUUAAUUAAAGAUGUUCAGGAACCCCAAAUGACAAAUGAGUAGUUAUUUGGUUUAUAUGAUGACUUUAAUAAAGAUAAUAUGUAAAAAAUAGAUCCUUUGAGAUAAACAAAUAAAAAGAGAUCGGUCUUAAACAUAAGAUAAAUCAAAUUUAGAAAGAGUUUUAAUUUAAUUAAGUAAUGUUAUAGGAUGAAUGGUUGCAAGAAUAUUGAGAAAAUAAAAAAUAAAAAAUAGAUUAUCAAAACUCAUUUUUAGCUUUGGAAAAAGUGGGUGAAAUGUUUUGAAUAAAAUACAAAUUUUAAAAAGAUAAUCAACUAGGUGAUAAAAUUUUAAGAGAUGUAAAGAUUAAGGACAAAAUACGCUAGCAAUAUAAAUUUAAUCAUCCUAGUGGCUAUGAUUUAUAAACUCUGAUGAUGAUUAUAUUUUUUAAGAAUCUUAUUCCCAAUCAUGAGUUAAAUUAUUAAUUCUAUGAAAAAAAAAGGAGAAAAUAUUUAUCCAAAGUUUAGCAUAAUUUAAUUUAACCAACUGAAGACCCGUAAAAUUAAAUAGUUAAAAAUUAUAUUCAUGGAUAAAGCAAGAAUUUUAGAGAAUAAAAAAAAGAUAUAUUUUAAAAGAAAAGGCAUUUUUAAUAGCCAAAUUAUUUAGAAGAAAAAAAUACAAUUAAUUGA